CUUUGAGAACGUUGAACCGGACGCAACGCUGCGCGGCCUACUUUGGAGACAAAGACAGGAAAAGAGAGAGAGAGAGAGAGCGCGAGAGAGAAAGCGAAAACAAUGGGUUGGUGGAGUAAAAAGAAAUCCACCGACGACGGGGGCUUCAGCACCGAUCGACAGGCACUGGCCCGGCAGGAUCCACGCACCCGAGUUAAUACGACGAGCGCCGCAACGGAAACAACAAACACGGCUGUGCAGAAUUCAACGAUAUUCGAUAGCAAUAAGAAUACGGUCACUUUUACGUCCACACGUCAAACGGUGACGCAUCGCCAGCAGGCGCGAGUUACCGAAAUGAUAACGCGUCGCACACCAAAUCCGGCCGAACUGGAAGAGCUCAUGGCGCAGUUGCGUAUGAAUGGUGGCACUGCAACGGCAACAACAACAACAACAACGACAACAUCGGGCGCAAAGCGUAUGAGUCCAUCCAGUCUGAAUGGGGUCGCAUUACGUUCGACGCCAUCAUUUAAACACAAUGUGUCAGAUGCGAGACGCUCCAACACCUUAGUCCGCAUGGAGCAGACGACCGUGUCACAGAAACAGGGACGCACUUUUACCCAGCAUGUGGAGGCGAAGCGCGUGGUGCUGAAACCCACCCAGAAAACCAGCUGGGCACCAAAAACAAACUCAACAACAACAACAACAACUAUCUCUAAGCCAUAUGUAUCGCCAUUUGCCCUGAAGCCAGUCGAUGCCACCACCUAUGUGUCGCCCUAUGCCAAUAAGACGAGCAGCACUAUCACCAGCUCAGUGUUUAGUAAGCCCACUGUGAGCAGCUCAAGCCUCAGUAAGCCCACUCUGAGCAGCACCAUAACAAUUAAACCAACAGUGACCAGGCCAACGCUUUCGACACCCAAGGUGACUGUGCCUCCACCCUUUAUCAGUCUGAAUCCCAGGAGUAGUGGAGCGGUGCCCAAAUCACGCUCGGCAAGUAUUGCCAGCUCCCAUGAUGCACAUGGUGUACUGAAGCCCACGAUGACAGCUAACCUACCGCCAACCAAAGUUGUGGCAACACCCAAGAAAAAGCUAAAGCCAGCCGAGGUGAUCAUUUUUAAUCAGGAGAAAUUUGACAAUAACGCUGAAUAUCGUGAAGGCAGUGCCGAGGAUGUAAAAGCCUUGGGUGACACCUUCCGGAAGCUUAAAUGCAAUGUGGAAGUCAUUAAGAAUGCAACAGUUAAGGAGGUCAAUAACAAAGUGCGCAAAUUGGAACAGAAAAACUACGAUGAUCGCUCCGCGCUGGUCCUUGUCAUACUGAGUCAUGGAAACCGCAAUGAUGUAAUUGCCGCCAAGGAUGGCGAAUACAAUCUGAAUGACGAUAUCAUCUUUCCCCUGCUGCGGAAUCGAACACUGCAGGACAAACCGAAAAUACUCUUUGUGCAGGCCUGCAAGGGUGCUCAGGAGACGGGAAGGUUCAAGACUGAUGCCAUACAGCCUCAAAGAGCACCCAAGGAUAUACUAAAGUGCUACAGCACCUACGAGGGUUAUGUCUCCUAUCGCCUUAAUAGCGGCACUCCCUUCAUUCAAACGCUGUGCGAGGUCCUCAUCAAUGAAACAAAUGUGGACAUUGAAAGCCUUAUGCGGGUUGUGAGAAAUUUGGUUCAGAGCUACACCAAGGAUGGUCAAGUUCCGUCCGUCACCAGCACAAUGUCCACUAAAUACGUGUUUGGAGAUUACGUCUAAGCAGGCUGCCAUUUAGAAUAUACUUAUAUAUUAGGAGUGUGCCCUUUCCUUGCGAGAUUCCCAACUAACCCUUGGAAGUUGACAACGACACGAAGCCUGGUCCUGCUAAGAUCAAGAGUUGCUAGACAAAUGACAUAACACUACAGUUUUAAUAGAAGAAAUACAACUUAUUAAGGGAAAAACUCAUUAUAGUUUGAGCAUAAAAUCUUAAAUAGGUGAAAUAGAGAGAGAGAGAGAGAGAAAGAGAGAGUCAUAAAUUUCCUUGUAUUUCUGAUCGGAGCUACAAAAUUAUGUUGGCUGAUUAACUUAGAAGAAUAAAUUUCACCAUUAUCAAUGGCAUUAUCAGCAUCCCAGAGAGAGACUUAUAACAGAUGACAAGUCAUUUAUAAACACCGUGAAGAGGCCAAGAUGACUUUCCUGCGGUACUCCUGAAAUAAUUUGAGCCGACUUCGAGACAGUGCAUCUAAAGUAAACUUUAUGUUUUGAAGACUGCAAGCAAACUGAAUAUUUCUGAGAUCCAGAGAGCCCAGAUAAGGACACAAAUAGUUAUUCAUAAUUGUAAAUCAUAAACAGAUAACAACGAGAUAUAGGUUUAGCUGGCAGCCAACAUGAACUAUUACAGCAACAAAGUCGAUUAUCUUAUCGCAUUCUCACAUUUAUUUAUACAACAGUUAAUGGUAUUUUAACUAUUUUCACACAUACAGAAUAGAAAAAUAGAUUAAAUAUCACAGAUUCCAAGUUAGGCUUAAAUCGAUCAUCAAUAAAUCGUUUCGUCAUCUCGAGGGUUAAUUACACCAUAAUACGAAUACACAACGAGCCACGUAUAAGACCUCCAGCCUGAAAGACUAAAAUCUGAAAGAGAAGCUCAUUUUAGUUCUGAGAAAUUACACACAUGGACCAAAGACAAUUCAGGACAUCAUCUGUGUGUGUGAGCAUUGCUUAAUUUUUUAUUAUACAAUAUUUAUGCGUUUUAGUUCAAAAUUUGAUAUAAUAAAAGCACAAAAAGUGAUAAUACUGAUA